AUCUGUUUAAUUGAAGAAAUGUUGGACGUUGGUGAUGACGCUGUUCUCUAGUCGGUGUGUGUACGCGUGUGCGUAUGUGGCUCUGUGUGUCCUUGGCCGACAGAAUAUAAAAUGGGACAAUACUUCACAGCCACAGCAGAAGAGGAAACAACAAAUUCUACAUCAGAAUUUUAGACCAAAAGAAGAAAACAGAACAACAAGGAAGACGUGGACAGGAAAAUGGGUCCUCUGUGGCUAUUGGUGGCUGUGGGGGUUAUGGGCGUGGCCGGAGGAGCUGCCAGUCAGUGCUGGGAUCCCAGUUGUUUACAGGUCGACUCCAAGAGCAGUGCCAUGGGCUGUCUCCACCUCUGUCUCACCGACCUCCAUGCUGAAACUCCUGUCCUUCCUGGUGACGCCCACCUCCAACCACCCACUCUGUCAGACUCCACCUCUUCCUCCGCUUCCCAGACCAAGCGCUCCUACUCCAUGGAGCACUUUCGCUGGGGGAAACCUGUUGGCCGGAAGCGCCGCCCCAUCAAAGUCUACACAGCAAAUGGUGGGGAGAACGAGUCAGCUGAUGUUUUCCCAGAAGAGAUGAGAAGACGGGAAUUAGCCAAUGAGCUGCUUGUGGCAGAGGAGGAGGCAGACAAGGAGAUGAAAGCAGCAGGGGAGGAGGAUGACGAGCAUCUCUCAGAUGAAGUCCAAGACCAAAAGGAUGCCACUUACAAGAUGAGACACUUCCGGUGGGGCGGGUUGCCUUCCAACAAACGCUACGGAGGCUUCAUGAAGAGCUGGGAUGAACAUGGACAUCAGAGGCCACUACUUACACUCCUCAAGAACAUCAUCAACAAGGAAGGACAGCAGCAGAAGCGGAGUGGCGGCUGUCUCCACCUCUGUCUCACCGACCUCCAUGCUGAAACUCCUGUCCUUCCUGGUGACGCCCACCUCCAACCACCCACUCUGUCAGACUCCACCUCUUCCUCCGCUUCCCAGACCAAGCGCUCCUACUCCAUGGAGCACUUUCGCUGGGGGAAACCUGUUGGCCGGAAGCGCCGCCCCAUCAAAGUCUACACAGCAAAUGGUGGGGAGAACGAGUCAGCUGAUGUUUUCCCAGAAGAGAUGAGAAGACGGGAAUUAGCCAAUGAGCUGCUUGUGGCAGAGGAGGAGGCAGACAAGGAGAUGAAAGCAGCAGGGGAGGAGGAUGACGAGCAUCUCUCAGAUGAAGUCCAAGACCAAAAGGAUGCCACUUACAAGAUGAGACACUUCCGGUGGGGCGGGUUGCCUUCCAACAAACGCUACGGAGGCUUCAUGAAGAGCUGGGAUGAACAUGGACAUCAGAGGCCACUACUUACACUCCUCAAGAACAUCAUCAACAAGGAAGGACAGCAGCAGAAGCGGAGUGGCUGAGCUUAGCCUUUUAAGAGAUCUGACUGGUCAGAGAGGGCAGCGGAACUGUUUCCUGAAACUGAAUGGGAGACAAAGUUUUGAUAUUAAAUGAUUUAUGUAAAUAAAUGUAAAGGAAUAAAAAUCAAUAAACAUUUACAAGCAA